AUGAUGUUUUUGAAGACAAUUAUUAUUGUGAUUUUUAUUGGAUUUUGUGUGAAAGGUGAGUUUUUCGGGAGGAACUUUAAAAAUAGUUGAGAUUUAUUGAAAAAAAUACGGCCCAGCGAAGUUAUGGAACGAAAAUUUCUAUUGCAAUUUUUAAAUUUUGGUUUCACCAAUCUGGGAAAAUAUGCUCCACCGGAAACUUUUCAAAUUUUUAAUAUUAAGAUUCAAGUUCGCCCCAACGAACUUUUGGGUCCAAAAAUCCUCAUUUAAAAUUUUCCCGAACAUCCCCACAUUUUCCCAUAUUCCCAUAUCCAAUUCAUUUUCUAUUUUGCCCAUUUGUUCCUUUCUAAGUUUCGAGUUACCCUCAAAAACAUUAUAAAUGAGCAAGUUGAGCAGCCCCCAGAAAAUUCCAUGAAUAAUUGACACACAACUAAUAAAAAUAAAUAUUUUUGUGUGCUGGUAAAAUAAAAGAGCAACUAGUCAAGCGGAAGCUUUUAAAAACUCUAUUUUAUAUAAAUUUUGAGCAAAAAACAAUAUACCUUUAGAAAAGUCAACAUCUGCUGCUUUUGCGCUAUAAUCCUCGCAACAGACAUGUUAUUUUUUUUUUGAUCAAAAAUACAAACACUCGAAUUUCACUUUGAUGUGCCUCCCUUUUAAUUUGACAUAUCAUCAAGUUUUCAAGUUUACUGCAAAAAACACACACAAAAAACGUUUAAAAAAAUAAAAUAAAAAACUAAAAACUUCGAUGCGCUCCAUGUGUCGCCGCAAGACCACACACAAAUUUGCGAUGCGCCUUUAAUUCACCGUACCCAAAAACAUUUAUUUUUUUCGGAAAAUGUUCUUUUUCCUCAAGAAAAUCGCUGUUUUUCCCUUGGGACCAUUUGUUUCGUCGAGCCAGAAAAGAACGGAGAAUGUUUACCAAAAGAAGAAACGAAAAAAAAGGAAAAAAUAAAAGAAGAGAGGAGUUUAGGUACUUUAUACAAUUUAGAAGUCUGUGAAGGGGAAAAAGACGGAAAAUUGAAUUCUGGGUGGUUUUUUCUAGCUCGCUGACAAGGGAAAUACAUGUAGUUUUAGUGGUUAUCUUAAACAUCUCAAAAUUUUCCAUAUUGAAAAAUGUGCCGGAAGGCUCGUCUCAAAUGACGGACAGAUUUCAAUCUUCAUAAUCAAAAUGCAAAUUUUCCGGGAAAUUUCUUUGGCAAAGCUGGAGAAGAAAAUUUUCUUAGAUCUUUUUGGAAAUCAUUUUUUCAGAGGGAUUUUGUGUUUCGCAAGAAGUGAUGGAUUGUUUGCGGCAAGAGCGAUCGACUGUUGAGAAUCCGUCGCAAAGGAUUGCUCAGGUUAUAGUGGAGAAUCCGGCUUAUUUGCAUUGUAGUGUACCUUCGGAUGCUGAACAUGAGGUGAGGAUUUUUUUGUUUCUGGUACAUUUUGACCCGUUGAUCACAACCUGUAAAGCCUAUCUUAUAAAGUUUUCUGAAAAAUUUCGAGAAAAAAGAGAAAAUAAAUUCCUUAUAAAAAUUCCCGUUAUAAUUCGUUAAUUAGUAUACUAAUUUAGAGCUAGGCUAUUGUUAUUUUCAUUAUUAUUAUUGAUCCCAAAAUAAAUAAUAACAAAAGAUAUAUAGCUUUGGGUGUAUUAGAUUACGGUAGGAUGGGUGUCUGUGACAAUGGUAAUUAUAUGUUUAUUUGUUGUUGACAUAGCCAAGGACACCCUCAGAAAAAAACUGGAGCAAGCAAAAAAAAGGGAGAAGUCAUGGUUUACCGCACGGGAAGUUGCCAAUUAGCGCUUCCUGUGUCGUGUGCUUUUUUUGAAGAAAAGAAAAGGAAGAGAUUUGUCAAAAAAGAGUUGCGUAAUGAUUUUGGGGUCUUCCGGAUGCGGCAUCUAUGUUACAAGAAAAAUUGGGAGAUAUUUGAAUUCGGAAUUUGAUUGUGAGAGAAAUCUAUGUGGAAUUAGACAUAAAGUAAAUUAAUACUCUGCAGUCUCUCAAAAUCCUAUGCUCUCUAGCUAUCCUGUUUUUUUUUCAGAUCGCCUGGAUCCGCCUCAACGAUGGCGCACUUCUGACAGCUGGCAACAAAUCAUUCACAACAGAUCCCCGUUUCCAAAUCUCGCGAAAAAACACCAAUGACUGGGUGCUCAAUUUAAGGUAACUUCAUAUUCCAAAAAGAGAGACUGGGAGGGAAUUCUCUGGAGAAAGGGGAGAAAAAUUGGAACACGACUACGAAAUGUAUAGAAUCCCAUUAUUUUCUCAUUCAUUCAUUCAUUUAUUUAUUUAAAAAUAAAUUUACAUGGUCCGCAUUCGUUUUAUUGGAAAAACAAUUUGGCGAAAUUGACCACCUAGUCAGGAAAAUGAAUGAAUGAAAAUGAGGAAGGCCAAUUGGAUUUUGUUUUUGAACAAGAAAAAAAAAAGAAAAGUAGCGAAUUUGAUUGCUCAGGUUAAAUAGGGACUUACGAAAAUUGUAUGAUGGAACUCAGGUUUUUUUUGCUGUUCUCCAAGUUUUUGACAAUUUUCAUGCACUUUUAAACUCCCGAAUUCCAAUAUUUGUUUUCAGACGAUCCGAAUACAGUGAUACUGGUUGCUAUUUAUGUAACAUCAAUGACAAAGACAACACAGUCUACGCAAUAUAUUUGACAGUUAUGGAACCUCCUCUACCCUCGCCUUCAGCACUUCAUAGUGAGUCAAACUAAUUUUCUAUAUAGGGUUGAUCCAUUUCUCAAAUCUGUAAUAACUUCAAAUGUUUCAGAAAAAGCUACAGAUUUGAUGGCAAAUUGGGAAGGUGAUUCAGUAAUUCUAAAUUGCACCGUAACUGCUGUUGAUGACAAAAAUAUUCCAAGCUCUAACUCAAAUUCGGAUCCAGAAGAUGAUGUAAUUUGGACUCGAGAUGGAAAACGAAUGAAUUUGAACGACACCGAUAGUAAGUGUAAUUAAGUUACAACACAAACAAAUUUGGCAGGUGCUAGAUAUGACUUAUUCAUCCCUUUUUCUGUCUAUUUUCCGAGCUACGAGCUCUUCUUUUUCAAAAUUUACAUAACAAGAUUUAAUAUACAAGUGGUUGAAGUGAGAAAAAGAGAAAAGGUGAAGUGGCAAAACGAGUGGCGAGUAUUUUAAUAAUAUUAUUAGCAAAAGGGUGAGAGUGAGAAGAGGGAUGAUGUAUGUUUAUUGAAAUAUAUAUGUGAAUACAUGGGAUUUUUGAGAGGGGAACUUUUGGAAAGUUAAAAAAAUAUCCGAAAAUUUCGGUGCGAGAACGUUUUUUAAUAGUUUUGUUGAUGAAACUAUUGGAUUAUCAUUUUUCAAACAUCUCAAAAUAUAUGACAUUUUUGAAACAGUGAAAAAAAAUGGACAAUAAUUUUUUUUUUUGUAAAAUAACUUUGAGAUUUGAAAUUUAUAGUUUCAGAGCAGAAAAUCGAACAAUUGAUAAAAAACGUAUUUUUUCGAGCUUGAGAUCUAUUUUGAAAAAUGGUCGAAAAUUUUUCGACCACAAUUAAAAAAAUCACUAGAUUUAUGAAUUUUGAAAAUUUUAAAAAUAAAAAAAAGAUUAAACCAGAAAUUGACAAAAAUUUUCAGAAUACAACCUCAAAGUCAAAAGAGAUGCCUCAAUAAUUGUCGAAACAGUUCGAAUAAAAAAAGCGACACGAGAAGAUAAUGGCGAAUAUGCGUGUUCUCAUCAAAAACAACAAGCCUCACAUCGAAUUAAUAUUGAUCGAAGUUCUUCAAAACUUCAGAUAACUAUUGCGAUUUUUUCGAGUUUAUCUUUAGCUUUUCUUAUCUAA